AUGUCUGACUCUGAAGAAAUCAACUAUGGCUCUCGCCCGGAUGGCCCUAUCCAAUUUGGUAACCACAUCUCUUUGAAGCACAACAUGACUGGUCGUUAUUUGACCUCUGUUGAAGGCAAUAUCUAUGAAAACGGUAGUGGACAACAAGUCGUCUUUGCUGGUGGAUGGGAACCUGACCAUGAAACUACUUUUAUCGUGAUUCCUCGUAUUGGUGAUGAAAUUGAGGGUCAAGUUGAUGUCAACUUUGGCGAUGUCAUUCGUCUCAAGCAUUUAGCUACCAGAACCAACCUUCACUCACAUCCCAACAUCCCUAGUCCCAUUACCGAGCAACAAGAAGUGACAUGUUACGGUAAUGACUUUACUAGUGAUGAAAAUGAUGAGUGGAUCGUGGAGCAAUGGACCUUUGAUGAGGAGGAAAACGAGGAAUUUGACCCUGAGGAUGCUACUUGGUACACAGGUCGCUCUUUUGCUCUCCGUCAUGUUGCUACUGGAUUAACAUUGCACAGCCAUGAUGAAUCCCUUAAUGAAGAUCAAAAUGAAGUUACUUGUUACGGUGCUGGCCCUGAUGAGAAUGAUAGAUGGCGCGUUGCUUUCUAA